AUGUCCAUCUGGCUUACUUUAUCUCUAACUAGAAUGAGCGAUAUUGUGCUGCAACAGAACUCACCAAGUUCCUGUAAUAAAAAAAAUAUAUUACAAAACAAUGAUAGCCAAAAUCUUGCGAUUAUUUCCAACAUACUACCAAAAAAUUCUACUGCUGCUACUGAACUGAAUAUUAAUCAUAAUCCUAUGGCUGCGGAAUCAUCUACUGCGAAAUUUCCAUUUCAAUCUUCCGACUAUCGGCAAGGGUUAUCUUCCUCUGGCCAAACUUCUGAAAUAUCUAACCGACAUAUUGUUCGUAACUCACUUCUGGAUCUUACAAAUGUUUCAAUACCAGUGGUACAAUCCCGUCCUGCAGCAUUGCGUUUUUUGCCAUUCAAUUAUUCAUCAACGGAAAAUGGUUCUAAAUGCUCGAAACACUCACAGUUCACUAGCUCAUUAUAUCUAGCAGGUUCGGAUAGAAGCAGUUCCUCACAAAUUACGAGUGCAUCAUCGAAUAAGAGAUACUCAGGUGUUUUAAAUGAAUCAAAUUCUUUUGAUGAUUGUAUCAAGAAAAGGCAGUUGCAAUGGCAGCGUACUCAACGGCGUUCUGCUUUCAAAAAACUUGAUCGAUUGAAGAGCAUGAUAGGAACAUCAAGUGGCAGUAGUUCUGGCAAACUUUACAACUUACUUCCAAUUGCUCGACGUAGCAGGACAGUUAGUGAACAUAGCGCCAUUGAGAAAUGUCGCGGCGAUGAUGAGGAUGAUAUUGAAAAUCUGGAAAAUGAAUUCAGCUUCCGGGCGCGUCUUCAAGGCACCAGUCGCAAUAGUUUGAUUUCUCCUUCACUUCCGUCAACGUCAACCCCAAAUAAGUUGGAGUCUCGUUAUAAAAAGCGUCAUAUACCGGAUGAGACGAGUGUUACGGGAAGUGCGAAAAAGGUGAGAGAUGAGUCAAUGGAAGAAAGCGAUAAUGUCAGGAUUGAUGAAAGUUUUGAGGAAAGAAUGGAUAUUGAUAUGGCUGAGCCAUCUCCCGAGCAUCAGAGCAGUGCAAUCGAAGGUGAAGAUAAUUUGGGUAAUGAACCUGAUGAAAGAAACAUUUCACUUUCUCCAACAGUGCUUAAUCGAUCUCAUUCAGCAAGUUGCCUGGAAAUCGGCGCCAACAAAGAGCCUGAACUACCUCCUCUUCUUGAAGUUAAGUAUGAAUUGGAUAUAAUAAAAAACCCAGCUGUUCGUUCAACUGCUUUUGCAUCUAUUACUGCAAGAACUUUUGCCGAUUUGCUCAAUUCGAUGACAAGGGAACAAUUUUUGAAACGAUUUGUAAUUAUCGAUUGCCGAUAUCCGUUCGAAUUUAAUGGUGGACAUAUUCGAGACGCCCAUAACUUAUUCGAUCCAGCUGAAGUGGAAAAUUUCUUUUAUCCCAAUGAUGUUGAAUUACGAACACAAUUAAUGAAGAAAAAGCCCGUCUUCUAUUGCGAAUUCUCGCAAAAACGAGGACCUUCAAUAGCACUUGAACUACGUGCACUUGAUCGUAAGCUUAAUGUUGGAAGAUAUCCAAUGGUAGAUUAUCCAGAAAUGUAUUUGCUGCAGUACGGUUAUCGCGAUUUCUACUUGCGUUUUAAUAACACGCCAGAUCUUCUUGAACCAAAUGGGUAUAUCGAAAUGAAUGAUGAAGCACAUGCAGAAGAACUAAAAAAUUACAAAUACCAUCGUGUUAAUUCAGUUGCUUCGGCUUAUCAUACAUUGGCAAGAGAUCGCUAUAACAGACAGCAUAGGGAAGAGUUAAAUCCUAUUAUGGAAAUUGAUGUGAACAUGACGACACCUCCUCGCCGUAUGCUACCGAGACGUUUAUUUGUUAAUUCACCAGAGUCUCCGUCACAAUUCCCAGAUGCAAGCACUCCUAAGAGCCGUCCUGUAAAAGACAGAGCAAGAGAUGCACCAAGGAGGAAUGUUUGUCGACGACUGUUCGAUGAUUUUAAAUGA